CAGUUCAACGAAGACAUGAUCCCGACAGUGGGAUUUAACAUGAGAAAGAUCACCAAGGGGAACGUUACUAUCAAGUUUCGCAGCAUGUGGGAGCGGUACUGCCGCGGAGUGAGUGCCAUCGUGUACAUGGUGGAUGCCGCCGACCAGGAGAAGAUAGAGGCCUCCAAGAAUGAACUGCACAACCUGCUCGACAAGCCGCAGCUCCAGGGCAUCCCGGUCCUAGUCCUGGGGAACAAGCGAGACCUGCCCGGUGCCUUGGAUGAGAAGGAGCUCAUUGAGAAGAUGAACCUUUCUGCCAUCCAGGACCGAGAGAUUUGUUGCUACUCCAUCUCCUGCAAAGAAAAGGACAACAUUGACAUCACCCUACAGUGGCUUAUCCAGCACUCGAAGUCUAGGAGAAGCUGA